UCUAAAUAGGCGGCCCGCUGAUCCGAUCGCUACACGUCCUGCGACGUGUAACAUCCGAGGUAUCAUAAAAAUAAAAAGCCACUGGCCAGCUCAUUUCUGACCUUGUUAUCAUGUCCUUCAUAAGGUUGAUAUUCUGCGUUGCUGGAGUCUAUUCCAUGUUUCUAUGGUGGGCCAUAGCACAAGAACGACUAUCCGUUCCAUUUCAAUCUAUAGAUGGCGAAUCAUCCGCGAAAUUUCGCUCCGCCCUUUUCCUCGGCACCUGCCAGAGCUUUCUGAGCUCAUUAUCUGCUUUGAUGUAUAUCCUAGUCCGCAAGAAAUCCUCGGAGACACUUAUACAGGCACUGGGAUUCCAUGACAAAAAUUCUGGAGUGCCUGCCUCCGCCUCUACUGCUAACGGCAAAGCACACACCCACACCCACCAUACCAAUGGAUCAGCCAAACCAAGACCCGACACACGAUUCUCCUCCAAAGCGCUCCUACUUAGCUACGCCCAAUGCGCCACUUUCAUCACAUUCGCCGCGCCCUUCGGUUUCGCUGCCCUCUCCUAUAUAUCUUACCCCGCGAUGGUCCUCGGAAAAUCAUGCAAACUUGUUCCGGUAAUGAUCAUGAACGUUUUGCUCUACCGUCGUCGAUUUGCGCCCCACAAAUAUCUCGUUGUUUUCAUGGUCACUACUGGGAUAACCAUUUUUAUGGGCUUCGGCUCUGAUAGCCAAAAACACGGUGGUAAAAAGGCAGUUUCUGCUUCAAUGGACCAUGGGUCGACGCCAUACGCGUCGUUAAUAGGCGCUUCUUACCUCUUGAUUAACCUGGCCUUGGACGGCGCGAUAAAUUCGACACAGGACGAGAUUUUUUCGCGUUACAAGAUUUCUGGACAGCAGAUGAUGCUUUGGAUUAAUUUGAUGUGUACAUGCAUCUCCUUCGUGCUUAUGGUGCUACCCCUUCCGUCUAUUCCGGUUUUAUUGCCUUCUGGAAACGGCAGAUCUGAACUCGUCGCAGCGUUGACCUUCGUCCAGCAACACCCUGGAAUAAUAUCACCCUUAAUCGAAUUCAGCGUUACUGGAGCACUGGGACAAUUAUUUAUCUUUGAAACGUUGCAGCAUUUCGGUUCACUGACAUUGGUGACAAUUACACUAACGCGCAAAAUGUUCACAAUGUUACUCUCUGUAGUCGUAUACAAUCAUCAACUCACGCCCGGGCAGUGGCUCGGCGCCGCCGUUGUUUUUGCUGGGAUAUCUGUUGAAGCAUUCGUCAAACGAAACGACGUACAUGCGAAACGAGUGUUACAAGAGAAGGAAAAAGCCAAACUCAAGUCACUCUAACGUUGGGAUGUGGUUGGCGUAUAAAUGUGGAAGAUUAAUGUAUGAGCAUGAUGUGGGAGAAAUGGCUACAUUAGAGUCAGAUGUGCGGGCAGGGCUAGAAAAUAUACGUUCGGAAAAAGGAACUGAGGACCAAGGACAAUCCAUCAUGUUUCCAUCGCAUAUGGGUCGUCUACUGAUACCGGCAUUAUUGGCCGGUAGGUGUGCGUCGUGUGGUCAACCAACGGCCGUUUACGGUCGUCGUCCCUGUCGAACCUAGGAAUAAGGAUUUCUCGAGGACGCCACAAAAUCAGACUCACCGAUUCUCCUCCUCCUCAUCGUCAUCGCUCCGUUUCCUCCGCGAAACAUUCCUAGGCAUCGCAGGAUACGAUGACACUGCUCUGUUAGCUCUGUAUAUGGCCUCAUAUUCCUGUCGAUUGAUGGAUUAUCAUAUUGAUUUAUUUAUUAAUGUGCGUACUGCCAGCUACAGGAAACCAUACCUUGAUCUGUGUAAGAAAUCCG